CAGCAAAUCCCGUAUUAAGCAAUAACCAGAAGGAGGUAGCUUCAGCCAAUAGCACGCCACGACGUAACCGGCUAACGUUGCAUUUUGACCACACCCCCGUCAGAAACUCCGCCCAUUUUAAAGAACCACCAAUAAGCGCGAACAAUAUGUAUGCAAAAGAUAACGCAAAUAAUAUAUCGCAUAGUUCGCUAGAGUCUGUCUCUACGAUGUCUGGUGGAGACUCGUUGCCGCGGAACACCAAGUUAGAUUUGAGUGAAAUAGGCGACCAGGUGAACAGAUUUGGUGUGAUGUCGCCGGAAGAAGUUCGCGAUGUGCUUUUGUGUUUCUUGUUUGUGUUGAAGUACUUGGACGAGGAUAGACUGGUGGAGUGGUGGAAGACGCACUCGCCGGCUCAGCAGCAAUCCUUCUUUAACGUUCUAGAAAUAUGUGCAGAACAAUUUCAGUAUGUGGGUAGGAAGAAAAUACUGUCGGAGUUGAAAGUAGUAACACCAGAUGCUAAUGACAAGUCGAAGCCGGUGAAGGCUAGGACAUUACCGGCUAGGAUGAGUCCACCAGAUUUUACUAAAGAACCGCCUAUUAUUGUAGAAAAAAACAACACAGUGAACAGAGAAAAUCUAGUCAACACAUCCGUCGUUAACGAAACUGAAGCCAUAUCCGAGCAUGCGGUGGUAUCGGCCGGUUGUCUGUCAACGGAAGUGGGCUUGACAAUAAUAGACCGGUCAUGUUUGUACAUGAAGACCUUGGGCGCGGCCGAGGGGAUCGCGGCCAAGCCAUAUCUGAAACUUUUACAUCUGCCUCAGAGCGAGACGCUCUACAAACAUUUAUUUGCAGCGCUGAGAGCCUACAUCAAUCAGUUCUCGGAAACACUCUUUGAAGGUGGGAGCACAAUAUGCGCGGGCGUGGUGAGUGGGGUCGUGAAGCUAUGCGGGGCUCGCGCGGCCUGGCUGCGGCGGGAGGCGGCCGCCGCUCUCUACUUACUGAUGAGGGCCAACUAUAACUAUACUGGCUCCGGAGGAAACCUCACCAGGGUGCACUUGCAGGUUAUAAUAGCGGUAUCGAAAUUGCUUGACAACUCGACUGCAUUAAACUGCAAACGCUUUCAAGAAUCUCUCUCCGUUAUCAAUUGCUUCGCGACCGGUGAUAAGGCUAUGAAAGGCACAGGUCUGUCGAGCGAGGUCGCGGAGUUGAUGCGUCGUGUACGCACCGUGGUCGGAGCUCGAGCUCGUCUGGCGGGCGCCAAGGGGCUGGCAGCUGGUUCUGGAAGCAUAGAGCUGUCUGAGCUUCAAUUCGCACUGGCGGCGUCGUGUCGCGCCACACCGCGCCUGCGGCACGCCUGGCUCGCCACCCUGGCAGACCUGCACACCAGGAACCAGGACCACGACGAGGCGUUGUGUUGCCAGCUACACAUAGCAGCCCUCAUGGCCGAGUACCUGAAGCUGCGUGGGCUGCAGGCCUGGGGCGCGGAGGCCUUCGCCGAUAUAUCUAUGAACAUUCCACGAGACGAGGUCGGGCUCAAAAUUGACGAAGGAAUGGCAGAUGUCCACUACAACGAACAAGCCCUCCUCGACCAACUGAUGCUCUGCACAGAAUACGUGGACAAAGCUGAGAGAUACGAACUGCUGGGACCUCUGUACAGACUCGUAAUCCCUAUAUACGAACGACGGAAAGACUACCAAGCUCUGCUCGCGUGCUAUCAGCACUUAACCAAAGCCUACGCCAAGGUCAUAGAGGUCACGAACUCUGGGAAACGCCUCCUGGGUAGAUUUUAUCGAGUCGCGUUCUUCGGGAAAGCCUUUUUCGGUGAAGACGAGGACGGCGUGGAGUUUAUCUACAAGGAACCGAAGUUGACGCCGCUGAGUGAGAUCUCGGAGAAGCUGCAGCAGUUUUACGAGCAGAAGUUUGGAGCCGGUUGUGUCAAGAUGAUUAUGGACUCGGCGCCGGUGAAGCGCGAUGAACUAGACGCUAAAGUUGCGUACAUACAAGUGACGUGGGUCCGUGCGGCUCCCGAGGGCAUGGUGGCGUCUCACUCGGGCUCCGAGGGCUCGUUCGAGCGAGCUCACAACGUGCGGCGGUUUGUGUUCGAGACGCCCUUCACGCGGGACGGAGCCGCGCGGGGACCCGUGCACCAUCAGCGACUACGACUCACACAUCUGACAGCCGAAAGUUGGUUCCCAUACGUGAAGCGACGCAUUCCGGUAACCGAGUGUCAGGUGGAGGAGAAGAGUCCCAUAGAGGUCGCCGUCUCCGAAAUGGAGUCGCAAGUCGCGGAACUCAACGAAAUUGUGCACGCCAAGGCACCCGAUAUAAAGAAACUACAGUUGAGAUUGCAGGGUAGCGUGUACGUGCAAGUGAACGCGGGCCCGAUUGCGUAUGCGAACGCAUUCUUGGACUCGACCCUUGCGCCCAUGUACCCCGACGAUCUGGUCGACAAACUGAAAGCCACCUUUAAGGAAUUUCUAACAGUGUGUUAUGCGGCCUUACAACUGAACGCCAGACUCAUCAGCUCGGACCAGGUGUCGUACCAGGAGGCGCUGGAAGCUAACUACUACAAGCUGAGUAACUCGCUGAGCGCCAUCCUGGGCCAGCCGCUCCACGACAUCCUGGUGAACGGGAACCUCAGCACUACGGUCACCGGUGUGGAACUGGACUGCAGCAACGCCUAGCGCCUGACGAUAGAUUCCGUUUUGAGGCCUGUGACACUCAUCAACAUCGGUUGAGGUUUAACGGGAAGUUCUCUAGUUGUUGUUAAGUCAUAACUUUUUGAUUGCAUAUUUAAUGCCACACUACGGUUGUUUCCCGAGAGGGGUUAGCCGCCUUAACUGCGAAACUGCUCGAGAUGCACACAUCACGAUUAUAAGCCGCAAAACCACCCGCGAUUUCCACAGUUUGAACAUGGAUACAAUAUUGGGAUUCUGGGAUAAACUUUCGUACUCUAAGUUUCACGAUCGAUUUGAAGACUCCAACUCAGAAAUGGUUGAAGCAAAAAGCAAUCAUAUAUGAUACUAGCUGACUUAACAGACGUUGUUCUCUAGAUAAUAAAAAAAAAUACUGUUUUAUAGGAAUUCGCCAAUAAUAUUUCAAAAAAUCAAGAAUUAUUUCGUAAAAAAUGCUCCCUGUUGUUAUAAUGAAAUUGUUUCACAGCGGAACUGUCAAACCGUGCGUCAAUAAAUUAUCUCAAAGAAAAUAUGUCCAUACAAAACAAAUAUUGAAAAUAAAAAUAAUUAUGGAUCCCAAAUAGAAAUAAAAAGUAUCCUAUCUCUCAAGUUGGACUAAACUGCAGUCAAUGAAGUAAUCCCCAUUUAAAUCCGUUCAUUAGGAGUUCAUCGCGGACAAACAACGUGUCACAAUCGUGAACUUAUAAUGUCAAAAAAAACUCGGUUGAUGAUAUAAUUUGAAUAUCGCGCAAUUCUUCUCGACGGUCGGCCGAAUACUAGACAAAAAACCGACUUCGGUUAACGCAUAGUGCGUGUAUCACUAAGUUGUAUGAAUUACAAAUAUUGCGGCGGUUUUUAUUGCGACAUUUCACGGUUCUAUAAUCGGUCAAGGGAAAAAGCCACUGCGGUGUAACCGUAGUGCAACCUAGGCCUAAGCCGAAGUUCUUCCUAUCAUAAUGUAUUUGAAGGAUAUAAAACAUUUUGAGAGCUAAAGCCACUCAUGGCUACAGCUGCUUUACAGUGUCGUUUGAAUUGGGCAAUAAAUUCUUAUAAUACCUCAAUUAAUCGUAUUUAUCGAAACUGUAUUUGAAUAUAUAUCGACACCGAAAAAGCAAACAAAGCUGUCAAUCACUUAGUCAUUUAAGAAGACUAAACCGACAAAUUAAAUUGAGGCCAUGAAUAACAUAGUGGCCAUACAUACAGAUUUAACAUCAUUUAGCUUAUGAAUUCUAGAUUAAAUUAAUCUUUUUGGUAGAACUAGAGGGAGGUUAAUGAUUUUUAAAUUAUAAUAAUAAAAAAUUACUUUAGUACUGACUAGUUUCUACCAAAAUUAUAAAUUUAACUCAUACAAAAAUAUGGACCAUGUGCACCGCCAAUAUAUAACACGUCCAAUUAAUUGCUAAGCCAAACUCAAUAUAUGACAGUCUGGAGAGAUUUGUAUCAAAACAAUAUCAUUAUUUCACGAAAAUAGUAUAUUUUCCCCGUUUUGGAACUGAAUUAGCUAUGUUUGUCAAGGUCAGAGUUAUAAGUUAUAGCAUUAUUACUUAUUUUAUUGAUGCUUUUCGCAGAAGCGUGUAUCGUAUCAUAAAUGGUAUAAACAGCAGUGACUCAGAAAACAAAGACUGUUAUUGUGAUGUACAAGUUGGUGACACAACAUUAUUUGAAUGUUAUGUUGUGUUGUCUGUGAAGCCAAAGACUUGAUCUGUCUAUAUUAUCUACGGUAAACCAGUAUCUCAAUUAGUCAUAUUAAUAAUGUUUUAUAUUAUAUUCCCCGCGCGUUGGAACGGUAACAGUCUUGUCAUAGUAACUUUUACAUGAGUUUAAUUGCUGAUUUUUGAUGUAUCUGUCUGGACAUGACGUUAUGAUGACGUCACUAAGAUGGCUGCCUUUCUCCUUCUUAUCGUGCGGGGAUUAAUGUUUUGGAUAUUGAUUAUAGAAUAUCAAUACAUUUAUUUCGUCUCUAAAUCAGGCCCACAAUAAUGUAUCACCAAUACAAAUCAUAAAUAAAGCCAAAUAUAUUAAUAAUUUAAAAUAUGAACAAUAUUAUUAUAACAUAGAACAAUGCAUUAUAGUGCUCCUUAUUUAUGAUAUAUAUAUAUAUAUAUA